AUGCAAGUGCCAAAAAUGCGUUGGCAUAGUUGUGUGACACGUAUCAAUAACUUGAUGCCAAUGGCUGUAUCAAGUAUUUAUAUUAGGAAGCACUUUGAUAAUGAAGCUAAAAAACAGGUGGAAGAAAUGAUUGAUUUAAUAAUGGCGGCAUUUGUGGAUAUGUUACAAACUGAAGAUUGGCUAACUGAGCAUGCAAAAGGAUUUGCUAAAGAAAAAGUUGAUGCAAUGAAUAAAAAAUUGGUUAUCCAAAUUAUUUGGAUGAUUCAAAAUUAG